UUCCCUUUCCAUUCUGUGAGCUGGACAGAACAGACCGCUGCUGGCUAGACUGGGCCUCCCUGUGGGCAGGCGCCAGGUCUGCAACAGCUCCCGCCGGCAGCGCCCAGGCGGAGCACAGAGCCGCGGAUCUUCCAGGCUGUUCCAUUUGCAAUUUCAUCCCACGUGUCCGCGGAGCCUCAGAAGUGUGUGUGGGAUCCAUCACAGGCAAGAGAGGCAAGGGGAAGGACACCGAGGGGAAGAGAUGCGGAAGGGAGGACCCAGCUGGACCAGUGCGGUUGAAACACGAAGACCCUGCGCCUGAGGCGCGCACCUGGCCUGCGGUGGGGCGGGGCUCGCGGACCCACCCCCCGCGGACACGCGCGGCAGGUGCACGCGUCGGGGGUCCCGCCCCGCCGCCCCCUCCCCGCCGCCAGGCGCGCGCGGCAUUGUGGGAGUUGUGGUCCUCGGGGCCGCGGAGCGCAGCGCGGGCAGCACCGGCUCGGCGGGGCUCGCGGCUCGGGCCGGGCGGCUGCUGCGGGCGCGGCAGGGGGCGGCCGCGUCCCUGGGGCAGUGGCGUCGCCCGGCUCCCCGCAGCCGCCCGCGCAGGUUAGCUCUGAGCUUGAAUGUUCCUCCGUGGGUGCAGGAACAGCCAGCCUCCUGGGGCUCUAAGUGACUGGCAGCUCCCUGUUCACUCUCUCAGCACUGGAUUGGAUCUCUUGAAGAGGUUUGGACACCAUGAAGAUCCUUUCAUGGUGGCUGACUGACUGCAUUUGCUAAUGGGAUAUAAGGCAGCACCCUCUGCCCAACUUCAGUGACUUUUGCUGGUGGGCCUCGUCAGCAGGCCUCACCAUUCAUCAAUGGCGCCCUUGGCAGGAACUGAGGGACAGUGGCAGCCAUGCCUCCCCCUGCUCCAGCUACUCCUUCCACCUUCUGCUAACCUGGAUGUUGUGGGUACCCUGGCGACCCCCAGAGGACUGAUCGUUUGAGCCAGCUUCCACCCAAGCGCUGAGUUCCUCAAGAUGUGGCUGGAGGGGCUGGUGGUCUGGAGCUGGUCUCUGGAUGGCCUGAGGGACUGUAUUGCCACCGGCAUCCAGUCUGUACGGGACUGUGACAGCACAGCCGUUGUCACUGUGGUCUGCCUGCUGGUCAUGUUUGUGUGGUACUGUUACCAUGUGGGCCGAGAACAGCCCCGACCCUAUGUGUCUGUCAACUCCCUCCUGCAGGGAGUGGAUGCCAAUGGGCUACAGAAUGGGUCCAUGUACUGCCAGUCCCCCGAGUGCGUGCGCUGCAUGCACCACGAUGGUCUCAACCAGAAGCUUUACCACAACCUGCAGGAAUAUGCCAAGCGGUACUCAUGGUCCGGUAUGGGCCGCAUCCACAAGGGCAUCCGGGAGCAGGGCCGCUACCUCAGCAGCCAGCCCUCCAUCCAGAAGCCUGAGGUCUUCUUCCUGCCUGAUCUCCCCACUACGCCCUACUUCUCCCGGGAUGCCCAGAAGCACGAUGUGGAGCUGUUGGAGCGGAACUUCCAGGCCAUCCUCUGCGAGUUUGAGACACUCUACAAGGCCUUCUCUAAUUGUAGCCUCCCACAGGGGUGGAAAGCGAACAGUACCCCCAGUGGGGAGUGGUUCACCUUUGACUUUGUCAACCAGGGAGUUUGUGUCCCCAGGAACUGCAGGAAGUGCCCACGGACGUACCGCUUGCUUGGCAGCCUCCGGACCUGUAUUGGAAACAAUGUUUUCGGGAAUGCCUGCAUCUCGGUGCUGAGUCCUGGGACUGUGAUCACGGAGCACUAUGGACCCACCAACAUCCGCAUCCGGUGCCACCUAGGUCUGAAGACUCCCAAUGGCUGUGAGCUGGUGGUGGGGGGUGAGCCCCAGUGCUGGGCGGAAGGUCGCUGCCUGCUCUUCGACGACUCUUUCCUGCACACUGCAUUCCAUGAAGGUUCCGCUGAGGAUGGCCCACGGGCGGUCUUCAUGGUGGAUCUCUGGCACCCCAACGUGGCAGCUGCCGAACGGCAGGCCCUGGAUUUCAUCUUUGCUCCAGGACGAUGAGGACGUUGCCUGGGCUGGAGCCAGGCUGAGUGGGGCCCAGGUGUACUGUGGGACAGCCCAGUCCCUGCCGUGGUCCAUACUGGAAGCGUGAGUGGCCUCCUGUCCCCAUGAGAGCCCUCUUUCCUUUGGUUACUGGGAACUUCUUAGGUUUCUUUCCCCUUCCAGUUAUCUACUGGGACUUCUGGCCUAUUAGUGUGUCCCUUUGGCUGUGACCAGAGACUCUGUACCCCUCAAGUCUGUGACUUUGCUACAUGAUGUCUUCUCUGUGUUCUGGAAUAGAGUAACCAAA